GGCGUAGAGGAAACUCAACGCUGCUACGGUAGUGGGACUUGGCCCCAGGGUUGUCCUGAACGCCGCGACAAGCACUCCUGUACCGUAUGGGCCUCGCUCGACCACUCUCCAAACCGGACUGGAUCCUCCGCUAGAACAUGGGUAGAUACAUUGCCAUCUUUUUCGUCUUUUGUUCAUGUGGAAGUAGUGCAGCGAGAGCCUAUGUCUGGCAAGACGGAGAGCGCGUAAGAUGAGAGAUUGACGCAAGGUUGACGCAGCGCCCACAGACCGCCAAGUGGAUGAACAGGUAAAUAGACGAUCGAUUGAGAGCUUCUUUUUUAUUAAUUAGUCGAGUCGAAUCAAGUCGAGUCGACUAAUUAGCACUCAACUGUGCUGAGUGGUUAAUUAGUCGACUCGACGAAGAGCUGGAUAACGAUCCUAGGGUCUACGAUUAAUCGAGAGAGCGAUUGCGUGUGCGCAGUACCUGGGGGGGCGGUGGGGGAGAAGUUUCGUGGAAAGUUCAGUACAGUUGCGGCGAUUUACCGUACUACUUCAAAGGCGAAGGUCAACCUUUUAAGGUCAGGGAAAAAAAUAAAUAAAAAAAAAGGAAAGCAAAGGAAGGAAAAAGAAAGGUAAACAUACAAAAAAAAUAAAAAAAAAAAUAAAAAAAUGGUGAAGGCCAAGGUGGUGACGAUGGCGACGAGAGGAUCGCAAAUCUUCGUGAAGGAUUUAGAAGGGCGAUGGCACUGCCUGCAGUUCUUAUCUUCUAGUGUGUCGGGAUCUGAGGUAAAGGAGCGUCUGGAGUCUUGUCUCGGUGUGCCAGCUGGCGUUCAGAGAUUGGUCACUGGAACUCGAGAGGUGGAAGAUGAAACUCUCCUCGUUGCUCACGAUGGCCUCUGCGACGACGAGGACGACGACGAGGAGCUCGGCUAUGGCGGCUAUGGCGGCGGCAGCGGCGGCGGCGGCUGUGGUCCCGUUCUCCUUCCUUCUUGCACACUUUUGCUGCGAUUAUUGGGAGGGAAAGGGGGGUUUGGAUCGUUGCUCAGGGGGGCUGCGACGAAGGCGGGACAGAAGAAAACGACAAAUUUUGAUGCUUGCCGCGACAUGAGUGGGCGGAGAUUGCGCCACGUCAACGCGGAGAAGAAGCUGAAGGAAUGGCAGAGAGAUGGCAAGCAGCGGGAGCUAGAGAAGGCGGCUCUGCAGUUCUUGAGAAAGACGGAGAGAGAGAGAACAGUGGAGGCGGGAAGAAACUUGGACCUCGCGAAGCUCAGAGAGGAGAGUGCAGAGGCCAGAGAUAUGGUCGUCGACGCCGUCGCUUCGGGUCUCGAAGCGACCAAGGAGAAAAAAAGGCGCCAAAGAAUGGAAAACGAUGCCAAGGAGCAAGCAGGAGAAGCAUCUAGAAAGCGCAUCCGAAUGCUGGAAAUGUUGGAGGCUGUGAAUGAGAGUGAUGAAGAAGACAGUGAAUGCGAGGAGCACGAGGACAGAAGGGACGGCGCAGGGACAUCAGGAUCGGCCAGUUCCGCGGACGAUGGAAGCGGGUACGACUCCAGUCCUCGGGGCCCGCUGGGAGACGGACCUUUUGCAUCGUCGCCAGCGCAGUCGACGGAUGGAUCGCAAGGAGAAUUGCAAGGAGAGGGAGGUGUUUCUUCCUCACAGAGAUCGCCCAGUGCUGCGGAGAGUGGUGGCAUAGAGUCCGUGGCCGACGGCUGUGCUGGCAUAGCAAUUGUGGAUGAUGCUUGCGAUGGUGGCAACAGCCAUUUGGCAGGCGAAGAUGUUCGCAGCACCAGGUUGCCGCCGCCUCCUUCUGAUAAUGCCUCCCCGCUGACAGAGAACAGACGGGUCAACUCAACCGUGUCAGCUGGCGGUGAAAGUCUGUGUCUUGGGAACUUCAACACUGCAAAAGAUUUAGAGGUGCUAGGCUUGGACGGAUUGAAGGCGGAGCUACAGAAACGCGGGUUGAAGUGCGGAGGUAGCCUCGAGGAGAGAGCCGCCCGCCUGUUCUUGUUGAAGUCAACACCUCUCGAUAAGCUUGAUAAAAAGCACUUUGUGAAGCCCUCGGCGAAAAAAGGUUAACUGGUUUCUAGCAUCCAAUCAUGUAAUAUAUAUUUCAAUUUUCAAUUUUCAAUUCCUCUGCAUGACGGGUAUUCGAUUCCACAGGGGAGUACUGGUUAAAUGAUAAUUCAGGCCCUGACUUAAAACUGUUAAACAUACGCAUUACAUUUCGGAUAAUUUCAGUUGCAUCAGGCAGGCCAGGCGCUACUUUUGCAUGCAAAGCUUUCCUAAAGAGGUGAGAUGGGAGAGAACGCAGCCCAUUGGUCUCUGGUGGAACCAAUGUUUUUUUUUGUGCACACAAAGCUUUCCUGAAGAGGGGCGAGGAGAGAGAAUGCAGCCAAUCGGUCUGGUCGAAUCAAUGGUGCACAGGACGUGUAGAGGCAACGAUGGGAGGAGGACAAGCAUCUGUGUGUGAGAAGUGGACUACGUACUACGUACCAUCUAGUAUUUAAGUGUCAGAGUUGUUUGAUGGUGGUAAAAAAUAAAAAAUAAAAAAAAUUGAUGGUGGUUUUGAUGCCUCUGCACAUAGGUGGGCUGCGGGGGACAGGACGAGCAUGCAUGUGCGAGAAGCGCGGUGUUGGCUCUUCUGCAUGCAGCUUGAGUGCUUUGUUGCAGGCCUAGAAAAGGUAAAAAACCCUUUUCAGAUUGUGUACAUAUCGAGGGAAGAUGGGAGGAGGAAAGGAUAGACCAAGUGUCUGCGUGUGACAAAGUGCGUUGUCGAGUCUUCUGCAUGCCGUUGGAGUUCUCGGGUAUAUUACUUCAAGUUCAAAACCCAUUUCAGAUUAUGUAUCAGUUAUGGAGUGAAGGUAGAGCAUGUGGGUGGGUUUCAGGAUGUGUACUAUGAACUAGGGGAAAAGACAAAAAAAAAGAUUCUGAUUUGUUUGUUUGCAUAUGACAGGGUGGGACUACUCUCUUCCCCUGAACAUAUCGAACCUAAGGCGUCCAUGCAUGAAGUGCAGGUAGGCGGAGGUCACUGCCACAUAGCCAUUGCAUGUGUCAGAGCUGCACAACAGCUUCAGCAGGCCUGCUGCCUUGGACCAUCUUGCCUGUAGCGUGGUGCCUGUAUGGUUCACACUGGGGACCGGUGACAAGCGUUCCGCCCGACACUUGAACGAACCCUGGCCCACGGUCCUAAAGCGAUCGCAUUCUUCAGGUCCACGACCUCUUCACCAGGCUUGGGCCAGGCGUGGCGGUUUAUAUGGUCCUCGUCACUCAAAGCGAUCACAUUCUUCAGGUCUCUGACCCCUUCAGCAGGCUUGGGCCAGGCAUGGCGGUUUAUGGUCCUCAUCACGCAAAGCGAUCACAUUCUUCAGGUCCCCGACCCCUUCAGCAGGCUUGGGCCAGGCGUGGCGGAUUUAUGGACCUCUCACCCUCAGGUUCAUACCUUGGACAUGCACCUGGACAAGACCUGGUUCCCCUCCCCAAUCCUUAAUGUUGUGGGUCCAUUAUAAGACUAUAGGUCCGUACUUCGCACCAGCUUGGUUCCAGUAUGGUCCACAUGAUGAUGGGUACACAUCUUGCUUGAGCUACCAAUAGCCUUGGGAUUUGGGCACCCAGCAAUGGGCCUUGCAGCACCAGUCGCCGAAAAACACGUUUGCGAAAAGCACACAUUUCAUGAAAACUGGACUGAGUCACAAAUUUCAAGAGUGUUUUUUUUUUCCUUUUCUUUAAGAAACUAGUUUUUGUCGUGCUCCUAGAGGACAAGUAUCGUCCGCAGUCACGAAAGCUUUUGAAGAAACCUGAAGAAAUAUUUUGGAUAGGUUACGGAAUAGAGGUAGCAAGGAAAGCAAAAAACACAUUUUCGGCCAAAACUGAAGGCUGGCGGUUUGUCGUGCACAAAGAAAAGAUGUAGAUGUUUUCUCGGAGCAGUCAUGCAUAACUAUAUGGCAAACUCUUUUACACAUGGGCGGUGUACUGCAAGCAAGGCAAGCUCAUUAGAAACUUUAGAUAACUCACGCAGCAUGGGCAAGACAAACAAGCAAGUGAAGUGUUUCAGCAGCCGGAUUUGAAAAUUGAAGA